UUUUGCCAAAAAUUUGUUGCAUCAAUCAAUUUCAAAUUUAUAGUAAUUGUUCAAUGUCCCAAUAAGAACCGUAUUGAUUUUGCAUGCUAGUUAACAUUGGUCAGACCAAGAACGAUACUGGUUUUACGUCAAUUGAUGGUCCUCCCAGCUAACCACCUCUGUUUCUUACCUGGAAGAAUAAAUGAUGUAUCAACAUUCCUUUAAGCUUUAAAGAUGUGUGAAAUCAAAUCAAAUGAACCCCCCCAAAAAAGAAGACGCUUCUAGUGCCAAGAUCAUGUCACUGUGUAAUUUGCACCGGCAUACAUGACAUUUCUGCUUGUCUGCCCUCACUGAGUAUUUUGGGAAUGUUUGUGUUGUAUUGCGGUUCGACUUGACUCGAGAGUUCUCAAAUGCCUUCUUUGACUCAUUGGGAAGAAUGUUUGUCAUGUCGAUGGCAAAUUAAAUGAAAUGUGGAUGCUGCUUUUUUUUUGUAAUUGUUAGAAGUGAGCCAUUUAUUCGUAAAUAACUUCAUUUGUAAACAACACGUGGAACAUUAACGGACGUGCCAAGUAACUACAUCAACUAUCUGUUGUUAUUUCUACUUCACAACCCUUUAAUUUCAACACAGAUUCGAUAUUUUAUAUUUUAAAUAAAAAUAAAUGAUUUUAUAAGAUUUUGCUGGCCUUAUUUUUUGGUUAUGUUUUGCUGUUACUUCACCCAUACUAGUUACUAGUUACUAGUUAGUUACAGACCAUUAAGCAAAAAUAAUAAUAAUGCUAGUCAUCAUCACCAAAGAUGAUUUUGAUGAAGUUACGUUUAUGUUCCGUACAUCCAUCCAUCCAUUUUCCUUCGCUUAUCCGGGUCCGGGUCCGGGUCGCGGGGGAAGCUACACCCAGACUUCCCGGUCCACGGCCACCUCCUCCAGCUCCACCGGGAGGACACCAAGGCGUUCCCAAGCCAGCUGUGAGACAUAAGUGUGUCCUAGGUCUGCCCCGGGGCCUUUUCCUGGCUGGGCAUUCCCAGAACACCUCACCAGGGAGGCAUCCAGGAGGCAUCCGGACUAGAUGCCCAAGCCACCUCAAGUGACUCCUCUCGAUGUGAAGGAGAAACGACUCUACUCUGACCCCCUCCCGGAUGACUGAUGCCUAUGUUCCGUAUCAAAAAAAUUCAAUGUCCAUCCAUCCAUCCAUCCAUUUUCCUCCGCUUAUCCGGGUCCGAGUCGCGGGGGCAGCAAUGUCAGUAGGGACGCCCAGACUUCCCGGUCCCCGGCCACCUCCUCCAGUUCCACCGGGAGGACACCAAGGCCUUCCCAGGCCAGCUGUGAGACAUAAUCCUUCCAGCAUGUCCUAGGUAUGCCCCGGGGACUAGGUAUCCCCCGGCUGGGCAUUCCCGGAGUGGCAUCCAGGAGGCAUCCGGACUAGAUGCCUCAACUGACUCCUCUCGAUGUGAAGGAGAAAUGACUCUACUCUGACCCCCUCCCGGAUGACUGAUGCCUAAGUUCCGUAUCAAAAAAAUUCAAUGUCCAUCCAUGCAUCCAUUUUCUUGUGUCUGGGUCGUGGGGGAAGCAGUCUCCAGACUUACAGGUCUUCGACCACCAGCAUCAUUCCCAGUCAUAAUACUUCCAGUGUGUCCUAGGUCUACCCCGGGGCCUUUUCCCAUCUGGGCAUGCCCAUAACACCUCACCAGGGAGGCAUCCGGACGAGAUCCCCCAAGCCACCUCAACUGGAUCCUCUCAAUGUCAAGGAGCAGCGCUUCGACUCUGAGCCCCGUCCUGGAUGACUGAAAUGCUGAUGACCUACUACCUCUUUGGGUCAUUUGACAGUUGUUUUGAGGCUACCAUGGUGCUACUCUUCAGAGAAGAUGCAACUUACAGUUGAUUAAUCCUGUGCCAGACUCUUUGCACACAGCCGUCAUGCCAGGCGAUGACAAACCACCACCACUAACCCGCCAGAGGAAAAAGACCAAAAAGUCGCGGACCAAAGGGAAAAGCCCCGGUGCUAGUCCCAGUGCUGGUCGGGCAGAUAGCCUCAAUGGACAUGAUGAGCUCACAUUACCGCCCACCCUUCAGCCACUUUCUAAAAAGCCAUCAGAGGCGAGGCCGAAAUCAUCUGUUGCUAAAUUGGCAGAGGAAUCAUCCCAAGCAAUAUGUCUGCAGGUUCUUUUCCCUUAUCUACUGGCUGGAAUGGGAAUGGUGAUGGCUGGGAUGGUGCUGGAUAGUGUACAGCACUGGGAUGUGUUCAAGGUGAUCACUGAGGUCUUUAUUCUGGUACCUGCGCUGGUUGGACUCAAAGGAAACCUAGAGAUGACCCUAGCUGCCCGCCUCUCCACUGCUGCCAACACGGGACAAAUGGAUGACCCACACAAACAAUGGACCAUGGUGUGCAGCAAUCUAGCACUGAUACAGGUACAAGCGACUGUCGUAGGCUUCCUUGCUGCUGUCGCAGCUGUUUCUUUAGGAUCAAUUUCCAGAGGGGGAAUUGAACUGGAUCAGGCGGCUGUUCUGUGUGCCAGUAGCAUAGUCACGGCCUUUGUGGCUGCUCUCUCUUUAGGCUUGUUGAUGGUUGGCGUGAUCAUCGGCUCCAGGAAGGUAGGAAUCAACCCAGACAAUGUGGCCACCCCUAUAGCUGCCAGUUUGGGUGAUUUGAUCACGCUGUCACUGCUGGCUGGAGUCAGCAGUACCCUUUAUGGACACAUAGAUACAUGGUACCUAUCUCCCCUGGUGUGUGUGGUUUUCCUGGCUCUGAUUCCGCUCUGGGUGGUGGUGGCCCGGCAGAACCCUCAAAGCAAGGAGGUCCUCUCCUCGGGGUGGCAGCCUGUUUUAAUAGCCAUGUGUAUUAGCAGUCUUGGAGGCUUGAUUCUGGACAAGACGGUCAGUAAUCCAAACUUUGAAGGGAUGGCUGUUUUUACGCCAGUUAUAAAUGGUGUCGGUGGCAACUUGGUGGCCAUCCAGGCCAGCAGACUCUCCACCUACAUGCACCUCUGGAGCAUCCCCGGGGUUUUACCCUAUAAGAUGAGGCAGCAUUGGCCCAAUCCCUACAUUACAUUCUUUUCCUCAGGUUUGAACUCGAAAUCAGCGCGUGUGCUGCUGAUGUUGGUCAUGCCGGGUCACCUGGUCUUCCUCUACGCCAUUUCUCUGUUGCAAGGUGAUGAAGUGCCAAUCACUUUGACCUUUGCCGCUUGCUACCUGUGUGCUGCUGUGCUCCAGGUGGCCAUCUUGCUUUAUGCGGCUGACCUCAUCGUCCGUAUGAUGUGGCGGCGAUCGCUGGACCCUGACAACUUCUCCAUCCCUUACCUAACGGCACUGGGGGACCUGCUGGGCACAGGCUUUCUGGCCUUGUGCUACCGUUGCGUGUCACUGGUUCACGCUCAAGAGCUCUAAAUCAUCUCCUUUUUGGCACCAAACUCUGACGGAGACAGUCUUGUUAACCUCUAUACGCACAGACGGACAUUAAGCAUUGCCUCCAAUCAAAGUCAUUACUUGUAUCAGGUGGACAGACUGCAGAGGUAACACAUUUGUCAGCUAUCAUUGCCAUAGGGUCUUCCCAUCGUUUAAAGGUAUCUUGCGUUGUCAACCAUUCCUCUGCCUUUAACAAGAAACACGUCAGGUGGAAUGGUGGGAUGCUCACCAAGUCUCCCACCUGGGUUUUUUUUGGUUUAGAAAAUUUCUAGCCAAGUUACAUGUGUGCCCACAUGACUACACAUCAACUUGACUGUAAAUUCUGCCUCCAUUGUGACAACAUGCUGUGCACAUUUGUAGGAACCUUCUGUGCAGAUAGUUACUGUAUAAAAUAUACUGUAAACUGUAAAAAUUGUUUCUUUUCUAAAAAUGACCUCCACAACUGAAUGUUAAAUUUACAAAAUAUACAGAAUAUAGAUACCCAAAAUCAAAAUAACCUUUUGACAAAAAGGAUGAAUUCCAAAUUUAAUAAUCAAA